CAGCCGGGAUUCGUGACGCUCGAGUCUAUCGAGCGACAGGUGUCUCGGAUGGGGCCGCACGCAGCCAACAGUGACACCUCACCGACACGAUCUGUGAUGCAUGGAGGCCAGGGUAGGAUGCCGUUGCGUCGCGCUGCCUUUGGUCUUGGUGUGCUGGCAGUGGACUCGAAAGAGUUCUUUCCGCCGUCAAAGGGCCGAUGCCAUCAUUGUCCUUGACUGCAGGCUCUGUGCCACGAAUUUGCCCGGCAUGUUUCGACCAACCCAUCUCGGGCUUCCGAGCCAUCGUCCCCUCAAUAUCCGGGACGAACGCCGUACGUUCUGGAUCCGGCGGUCCUCAUCAACUACCUACCAAAGUAAACACAUUCGAACCCACCCGGCUCCGAGCUGCUCCUCCGUCGCCCACUUCCCACGGGACCGGCAUCGCGCUUCCCUUCCCGGACAAGCUAGCUAGUGGUCUCCCCUUCCGGCUCCCUUCUACACGGCACACUUGCAUGCGUCGGCUGUUUUCCCUCCCACUAUGCCCGCAGCGGUCAGGGACCCCUAAUACCUAAACUUUACGGGCGAGUAGUAG